AUCACCAUAGUGCUAGCUCCUCCCAAAUGGUGGCUGGGUUUCCGAAGUUGCGUGAGAUGAAUUUAAUAGGAUGGUGGGAUGGGAGGAGUGGCAGUGGGAGGAGCAAGUGCAAGCCUUUCCUGUCUUGCAGGAACUUUUUCUAAGCCAAUGCAAAUUGAAGUGUCUUCCUCCUGGCCUUGCCUCCCAGGCAAGGGCUUUGAAUAAAUUAUCCGUGCGAUAUGUCCAGGGUCUCAUAUCUCUAGAGAACUUUUCAUCUCUGGUUGAGCUGGGUCUGAAUGAAGACCUUGACCUGGAGAGGAUUACUAAUCUUCCCAGACUGCAGAAGCUUACCAUCGAAGAGUGCCCGGAGCUGAAGGUGUUGGAGGGUGUUCCUGCACUCCAGAGGCUCGUACUUGCGGAAGAAGACAUGGAGUCACUCCCAGAAUACAUGGGAGGUAUAAACCCAAGGCAUUUGGAGCUAUACUGCAGCCUAGAGCUGCUCAUUUCCAUAGCAGCAGGACAAUCUGGCCCUGAAUGGGACAUGUUCAGCCAUGUUGAGCAUGUCAAGGCAUAUGCACGUGAAGGAGAUAAUAGAAAGAAAUGGUAUGUCUUGUACACAGCUAACCCCUUCAACUUGGAGACAAAUGUCAGCCGCUCUUUCAUGUCCAGAGGUAAUUUAGCAUUGCUCGUUCAUCUUAAUUUGUCUAUUUCUUCUGGUUACUUGAACUGUUCUCUUUGUUUUCUACCUGUCAUCGACAUGUUUUGAGUUUGAAUAUAUUCCCAACAUUCUCAUUCCUUUUGGAUACACCCUUCUAGAGUAGAGAACAAAAAGACUAGUUGACACAAUGUCAGCAUAGAUGUAUUACUGUAAAUA